AGUUAUUAAUGUUUCCGCAGGAGUGCGCAUUGUUUGUAUAUAACUUAUAUAACCUAUAAAUGUGAUUGUUUACUCAUAUUUUAAAUAUGUGAAGAACUAAUAGGAUUUAAAAAUCAUGGAUAAUGAGGAUAAAGUAGCAAUGGAAAGUGAACAAUCAGAUGAUGAAAAGUCUGAUAUAUCAUUAAAAAUAGUUGAGGAUAGUCCGAAGAAAAAACAACAUCACGAAAUUACCCCACAGGAUAAGGAAAUUCUUUCCAAAUUUGAAACUGAAUUUGAGGAGAAGUUGCAGGAGAAAGCUGAGAAAAAUAAAUUGACUACAUUCAAUGUGAAGAGGAUUCUGAAAGAUGUUGUGACAAAUGAGCAUGUCAUAGCAUUAGUGAGAAAAGCUAACAAUCCGGAUGAGAAUAUACCAUUACAAUUUGAACCUAAACUUACAAGAUCAACUGCAAAGAAACUGUUUAAAACACAACCAGUAAAUGUAUGGAGCUCUAAAAAUUCUGAAACUCAGGUUCUGAUAAGCGAAGAACUAAAUGAAGAUUCAUCUGGGGAUGAAUACAUUCCAACUUAUGAGAGUGAAGAUGAUAGGGAAAGUUCAGUUGCUAGUAAUGAUGUUGGUUCUCCAAAAAACAAGUGCAUUAAAACAGCUUGGUCAGAAGAUGGUAUUUUUAAAGUACCUCAUAAGAAGACAGCAGAAGAAAUUGAGGAAGAAGCCAAUAUUGCUAGGAGAACAAGAUCUAAAUUAUCUUUAAGUGAUAAAUCGUUAGAAUUUUUAGCAGAAUCAUUUGUACCACCUGACAUACCACCAGAUUGGCUUCCUGUUGAUUGUGAUGAUGAAUAUUGGGCGCAAUUUUUGACAGAAUUUACUAAGCCAUUGGAUGAAGUUAGUAAAAUAGAAGAUGAAGAUCAUGAUCCUGAAUAUAAUGUAUUGGCAGAUGAAGAAAUUGAUAAAGUGGAUAAAGAAGAGUUAAGAGCUGAUAAAGGAGUGAAGGUUUCAAAGAAAGAGUUAAACGCUUUAAUUUCCGAACUUGCCGAACUCGGCGAUUAUGCCUAUAACUAUGAGAUCGAACAGCAGCGUAAACAGCAGUACAUUGAACAGUCUGCAAAUCUUUCUAUUUCAGAAUCGGAGAGUAUCGUUAUGGUUCGGCCGUCUUUAAACGACGAAUUGGUUAAUGCUAAAGUUACUAUUCUACCUGAAAAUUUUGAAGCUUUUGAUGACCACCAAUAUCCGCUCUUACAACAACAAAUGCGACAACAUGUACAAAUGCUUACUCAGUGUUUUCUAUUGACUUAUGAACAUCCUGAGUUCAAUACACUUUCUUCCAAUUGCACUGAAUCUUUGAAUGAAUUACUGCAAGCAAGUAAUGGAAAUGACAAAUCGUUUUUUAACUCUACGAAUUUGUUAAGUGCUCUAUCUUUAAUUAAACAAUGGGAAGCCAAAUUUGAAACUAAUGAUGCUGAGGUUGUUCAGUACAAAGAUCAUGUGAUGAGGAUCAUUUGUGAAACGAGGCAAGCUAAGAAAUCUGGUAUUACUUACAUACCGACGUUUCCAAGAUAUUUAUUGCAAACAGUAUGCAAUAGCGAUGUGUUCUUAUAUCCAAUGCUUCUACCGAGAAUACCUUUCAAACCUUCGAAUACAUUCGGACGAAGAUUAUUUAUUAUAGAAUCAGAGGCUGAACUGAUUGCACAUGGCUUGGAACAGUUUUUGCCAUUUAUGAAAUUCCAGAAGAAUCACUUGAAUUCGAAAGGUGAAGUGCGUUUGAUAGAUGCGAGCAACUACAUUUCCAAAUAUCUAAUGCCUCACUUAUCUGCACGAAAAAUAUAUCGGUACAUAUUAGUGCACAAGAAAAGUAAAUUCAAGAAUCCAAUAAAGCAAUUCUUUGAAAAGAACAGAUCUACUCCGCCGCUACAUUAUGUGGCGCCUUUGGAUCAAUUUAUGAUUCUACCGCCAUGUCAAAGGAGUAUGGAGCAAUUACCACAUCAGUGGAGGGAAUUUUUGUAUCCGCAUUCGAAAAUAUCCAAGCACACGAAAGCUCUUAUUAUUUCACCGCUAUUCGUUACAUCACCUGAACCAUCGACGAAAGACUUUUUUAAGAAGCGGAAAAUUGAAAAUAGUACUUUAAUAUCCCCUCAAAAAAGGAAACGGACAGAUGAAAAUAGUUAUGUACAAUCUGAGGUGUUGAUAUCGUCUUUGGAACCAGUAGAGAAGGCCAAGUUUUCAACAACAAUAUUCUCAUUUAGCAUUACUAAAAACGUGCUAAAAAAUAAUGUGAAUUUAAAUACAAGCAAGUUAAUGGAAAAAGCUAGUGCCAACAAAUUGGUUUAUACAUCAAUAAAGCAUGUUUAUUUAGCUUGUGAUUUGCUUGAAGUUGUAUUUAAAUGCUCAAUACUUAUAAAAAUCAUGCCUGUUGAUGAAAAUGAAGGUGUCUUCACUGAAUUGUUUUCUGAAAAAUUGGAUGACAAAGUUUCAUUCCAAAAUGCAAAGUUAAAUGAUAUGAAAUUGGAGAUUAUGUUGAAAGAAGAUGUACAGGAUUCUGAUAAGAAAGUGGUGGAGGUGGAGGAACCAGUAAAAGACAAUUUGGAUGAUAUUAAUGCAUUGAUGGUGGCAAGUACAACUAUAAAAUCUAGUGAAGGUCGACGAAAGCCAACAGGGGCUGAGAAGAAGAGGGCCAAAUUAAGAAGAGAUUAUAAUGCAACCUUACGUAUGUUAAUACCUGAAGAGGAAGAUGUUGUAGCUGAAAAAACUGAGAGAUUUGUGCAAGCUUUUUAUGAUAAAGUGCGGGAAAGAUUAGAUUUGCACGAAUAUCAUAGAUUCAUGGAGGUAUUGAAUAACUUUGAUGAAAUGUAUGAUUCCGUUACCGAUCUUUAUAAUAAAAUUGAAAAUAUUAUUAGCGAUAAACAUCCUGAUAUUCUGGAUGAAUUCCUUACGUUUUUCACAAGUUUGCAGGCGAAAAGCAUUGGAAAAUUAAUACCACACUUGGUAAUGAAUAAUAUGGCUUUGUUUCUGCACAAACUUGAGAUGAUUUUCAAAGAUCAGCCAUCACAAGUUAGGAAGAUUUAUAGAUGUUUAACAGAAUUGGUUGCAAUGCAGAACGUUUCAAUGGAUCAUGUUAAGAGCACAAUUUUACCAUUGUUGAAAGGAAACAAUUUAUUAAUUGAUUGGUUCUUGCAAAUAUUCCCUACAGAAAAACCUCCAGAAAGAUUAAUGAGAGGUUCAUGGGAAAAGAUGGAGAUGACAAAUGAUGAUCAUUAUGAGAUGAUCACGAUACCUGACGUUGAAGAUCCGUAUGGAGGUCCAACUUGCAUCUGCCAAUGCCAUAACGUGGAAGAUCAAAUAUUUAAGUCCCGAUCAAAGCAUUGUGUACCUUGUGGUACGAAAUUUAUGCAAGGCAGAGUUUAUGUACAAACAAGUAGAGGUCUUAGAUUAGCGAAAGUUAUAUUUGAAGAUAACAAUGUGGAUCAUUCAGCUCGUUUGGCUUGUAAAGUAAAAACGAAAAGAAGGGAGAGUCCAGUAAAGCAGAUAUCUCCUGGAAAAGACAGUCAGUGCAGUUCUGACGAUGAGCCUGAUAAGAAACGAGUGCUGAAAACGCCAAAGAAAAGGAAACCUAAGAAGAUUACACCAAAAGUCGAAGCGGGAUGCUCGAAGCAAGUGUUAGAAGAAAAGGAAGUUGUUGAAGAGAAAGAUGUGCAAGCAGAGGUUCCGCAGGUGGAACAAAUGAAUGGCAAUACUAGCGAUUCUAGUAUAAAUGAAAUAAAAAUACCUGUCGAGGAGAAUGUCGAGUGGGAUUGUAACACAUCUAUAGAGUCAAUCGAGUUGAAGAUGAGCGCAGAAUCAGAGAGCGACUUUUGCGAGGAGACAUCUCAAGAUAAUAAUUCUGAUAGUAUGGGUUCAGAAUCUGAGCCUAAUUCGCCGACUUUUCCGGAAAUACAAUGGGCGAGGGAGGAGGAUAAGAUUAUAUUGGAGAUGUUCCAGAAGGAGACCGACAAGGAUGUGGCAUUCCAAAGAAUUGCGAACGUCUUGCAGAAUCGAAGCAUCGCUCAAAUCAAACAGCGAUUCGAGACUCUCAUGAUUUUGUUAAGGGAAAUGACGAAAAACAACAAAGUGUAAUUAAAGAGUUUACUGAAAUUUAAAAUAGAGAUCUAUUUCGUAUAAUUGUGAUGUUAAUGUUAAUAUUAUUUAUUUUCUAUGCUACUAAUUAGUAUUUAGUUUCUAGUUGUGGACAAUUUCCAUAUAUAACCAAUAAAGUGUUAUUGUAUUAUAGAAAGUUAUAUAGUUUGU